AUGGCGGCGAAGCAGAUGGAAGAGAUACAGAAGAAGCUGGCGCUGCUGAGUUACCCUAGGGCAAAUGCGCCUGCUCAGUCUCUCCUCUUCGCUGGGAUGGAACGUUAUGCUCUUCUCGAAUGGCUCUUUUUCAAGUUAUUAGGUGAUAAAUCUCCUUUCUCACAGCAAAAUCUACAAGGAGAUGCUGGAGUUCGUGAUGAAGAAACUGUUCGUAUUCAAUAUUUGGCUGAGAUCGCAAAGUUUCUGGGGAUUACACCAACCGUAGAUAUAGAGGCCAUUCAAGGACAUGGAACCUAUGAAGAUCGGAUGGAAAUGCUUCGCAAUAUUGUUGAUUUAGUGGAGGCAAGCCUCUUCUCAGAUAAUCCAGAGUGGAGUAUUGAUGAGCAAGUUGCCAAAGAUAUCCAGCUCAUAGAUGCUAUUGCAGAGAGACAGUCUCUGAUAUUUUCUGAGGAAUGCAAACUCUUCCCUGCUGAUGUGCAGAUCCAGUCAAUAUAUCCAUUACCAGAUGUUUCAGAACUGGAGACAAAGCUUUCAGAACAGGCCAAGAUUCUCUCUAAUCUUCAGCAAAAAGUCGAUGACCUGGCAGCAAAGCAUGCCUACAACCCGGACGAAGAAUAUGCAGAAGUGGAAACUCAACUAAGGGCUCGUUUAGGAUCGUUUCUUGAAACUGCUAGGGCGUUCAACACAAUCUACACAAAGGAAAUUCGUCCAUGGACUCAUAUGAUGGAAGUGCCUCAGCUACAUGGUUUUGGUCCUGCUGCAAACCGUUUACUGGAGGCAUAUAAUAUGCUUCUGAAGUUCCUAGGGAACUUGAAGAACCUAAGAGACUCACAUGCAGCACUUUCGAUUGGAUCAUCGGGAACAGUGGCCGGAGAGCCAUCUUCUGUAACCAGGAUUGUAUCAGAGUGUGAAGCUGCAUUGACUGUUCUCAAUCGAGACCUUGGCAUCCUCUCUGCUUCUAUUGCUCGUGAGCAAGGGGAGCGUCUAUGA